AUGACUGCGGAUGCUGUGAGGAUUUUGUUCCUGGUUGUCUUGACGCUGUGGACCACCCUACUGCCUUUAGCUGACGGCGCGUUCUACAGAAGACGUCCGGAAUCUAAAGUCGUCCUGGAAGGAGAAGACGCCAGCCUCAGCUGCUCCUUCAACGAUCUGAGUAGUGAUGACGUCGUCAAUUGGCAAGGACCACCCGCCGAUACCAUUAUAUCCGCGGGGAGAAAGGUGUCCGUGCUGUACGAGCGGCGUCACAGUAUCGUCGGUGACGCGUCUCAGGGAGAGUACAACCUGCACAUCCGGGGCGCGCAGGUGGAGGACUCCGGGGACUACAGGUGUUCUACUCCGAGCGUACGGGCCGCGGCUGACGUCACGCUUACUGUCGUAGUGCCAAUGGUCGGCCCUCCUGACAUCACCGGUGCGGAGCUCCCCCUAACGGCCGGAGACGAACUGCUGCUGCGGUGCCGGUCGCGAGGCGGCUUCCCUCCCCCUCGGCUCACCUGGUACAACGGAACCCACCGGUUCGGCUCAGAGGACACGGCUGGCGAUGACGAGGGCGGCAGCGUCACGCUGGAGCUGUUCACCGCGCGGGUCUCCAAGUGGGACGACGGUGCCAACUUCACCUGCGUGGCCGACCAGGGGUUCCCCGAUAUCGUCAGACCUCGGGCGGCAUCGAGAAUACUACGGGUUGAUUACCCGCCGACUGUAUCCGUCCCCUCCCCCUCCGUCCACGCCAGGGAGGGCCAGGCCGUGAACCUGACGUGUUACGUCGACUCCAACCCGAAAGCAACUGUGACCUGGCGCAAACUAGGAGAUCGCCUGCCGCGGGACAGCAUACAGAGUGAUCCUGCCCACAUGGUGGUGGUCACCUUGUAUAUGAAUGUGAAUGAGUAA